GUAUAAAAAAAUUGUCUACAAAUGAAAAUGGAUCUAAUGAGCUUAAUAACAUAGAUAAUGAAGCUGCUGAGCAAGAACUAAAUAAGGUUAUUAAAAAAGAUGACUUUGCGAUAAUGGAAUUUAAAGCAACUUCACAAAAGGAAAUAAACAAUGCUUUUACUUUUACGCGCCUUAAUACUGAAGGUAUAAAAAAAUUGUCUACAAAUGAAAAUGGAUCUAAUGAGCUUAAUAACAUAGAUAAUGAAGCUGUUGAACAAGAACUAAAUAGGGUUAUAAAGAACGAUGACUUUGCGAUAAUGGAAUUUAAAACAACUUCACAAAAGGAAAUGAACAAUGCUUUUACUUUUACGCGCCUUAAUACUAAAAAAUUAUCUACAGAUGAAAAUGGAUCUAAUGAGCUUAAUAACAUAGAUAAUGAAGCUGCUGAACAAGAACAAAAUAGAGUUAUAAAGAACGAUGACUUUGCGAUAAUGGAAUUUAAAGCAAUUUCACAAAAGGAAAUGAACAAUGCUUUUAAACCAUUUCACUCAACUUUUACGCGCCUUAAUACUGAAGGUAUAAAAAAAUUAUCUACAAAUGAAAAUGGAUCUAAUGAGCUUAAUAACAUAGAUAAUGAAGCUGCCGAACAAGAACUAAAUAGGGUUAUAAAGAAAGAUGACUUUGCGAUAAUGGAAAUUGUUGGUCAAUUUAACCUUGGAUUUAUUAUUGCUAAACUAUAUAAAGAUAAUGGCUGUGAUUUGUUAAUCAUUGACCAACACGCGUCAGAUGAGAAAUAUAAUUUUGAACAACUUCAACUUCACACCAAAAUUGAUUCUCAGAGAUUAAUCAGUCCCAGGUAUCUGGAACUCACUGCUGCACAAGAAUUAGUUGCCAUUGACAACAUAGACAUCUUAAAAGCAAAUGGAUUCGACAUAGAGGUUGAUUUAGAGGCUCAACCAACAAAAAAACUAAAAUUGAUAUCGCAACCAAUGAGUAAAGAUAUUAUUUUUGGCGUCGAAGAUUUGGAAGAAUUAAUUUUUCUACUGACUGAAAGACCCGGAGAAAUGAUUCGAUGCUCAAAAGUUCGAAAGAUGUUUGCCUCUCGAGCCUGCCGUAAAUCUGUAAUGGUUGGAGAUGCAUUAUCAUUUCAGCAGAUGGAAAAGAUUGUAAGGCAUAUGGGUGAAAUUGAUCAACCAUGGAAUUGCCCUCAUGGUCGACCAACUAUGAGACAUCUCUUUGAUUUGUCUCAAAUUCAGUCUUAUCCUUCAUAUUCUAUGCGUCAACGAACUAAUCGUAGUAGGCUUCAUAACUUAUAG